UCAAGGAUGUCUGCUAAAAGAAGGUCAAAGGAAAAGCUCAUUCGUUCUCAGUUUGAAAGAGAUUUCAAUAUUGCUUGGCGAAAACAGAUUAAUAGUGAUAUUGAGACAAGUUCCAUUAAAAUUUUAGCGGAAACAGAACGUUCGCUUGAAUUAACCGCCUCGGGUAUCGAUAACUAUGACGAAUUUUCACACAAACUCGUAAAACCUUAUUCGUCGGCUAGACGAAAUGCGCUGGAUUUAAGGAAACAACAAUUUCGUUUAUCUUUUAUACUCAACUCUUUAAAAGAUGAAAGUGAAAGAAAACUCUCGGCCCCAGGUUCUUUGGAUUCUCCAGAAUCACUUUCAGCAAUACCUCCCGUUCAGAGCCCCUCUUCUUCAAGUGUUGAUGAGGGCUCAGAAGGGAGCUCGGAUGAUUUAAAGACGGCCGAUUCUUUGCUCCAGGAAAGUAAUUCAAGGGACCAAAUUCUCAACGUUGCAGACCUGCAGAAGGAAGAACAAAAUUUAAUUCCUAAACUUACGGCUAGUCCCAGUAAAACUAAGGAAGAGAUUUCGUCGGAGACCGGACAGAGCUGUCGAAGAAAAUUGAUAGUUGAGGAGUUGUGCUACACAGAGGGCAGCUACGUUUCCGCCCUGGCAACCAUGAUCCAGAUCUAUGCUAAGCCCCUUCUAGCGCGUGCUGAUUCGAGUCAGCCUUUGCUUUCAAAGUCGGAGGUAACUACCAUUUUUCACGGGGUCGAAGAUCUGCAUAAAAGUCACGUUAAAGUCUACGCCGAACUUAAAAGCAGGUUGGCCAACUGGAGGGAUGAAACCUGCAUUUCCGACAUCUUUAUGUCCAUGAGUCCAUUGUUUUCGAUAUAUUUGGACUUUGUAAAGAACUAUUCAAAAGCCCUAGAAACUCUUCGGACUAGAAGAAGACAAAAUGUCCAGUUCGAAGAGUUUAUUAUGGAUAUGCAGUCUACGUUGAAGGCAAACUAUAAGCGAUAUGGGCUCUCAGACCUUCUGAUCAUGCCCAUCCAGCGUAUUCCCCGCUAUUCUCUGCUACUACAGGCACUAAAGAAGAGCACGUCGCGGAGUCACCCUGACUACCAAGGCCUGACUUCCUCCAUCGCCAUCGUGGACGACAUUGCAAUGCAGGUCAAUGAAGGGCAACGUCACGCGGAAAAUAUGGAAGAGUUCUAUAACUUGCUUCAGAGAAUUAAAGGCGAAGAGCAUCCUGAGGUGGAGGGGAGGGAAUUUGUCAUGAUGGACAAGGUGGUCGAGCUGUACGAUAGCUAUAAAUUGAGGCGCUGGGUCUACUUGGUCCUCUUUAAGGACUUCCUCUUAUGUACCAAGUUUGCUAAGAAAAACGGAAUGGUUAAACUAUUAUGGCAGACUCCGCUGUACAUGGUCACUUGCAGUAGAGAAGGCUAUGAUGUGCCUCUGGACAAGAAGGCCAUAUACUCUCUUCAGUCCCUUGUAGCGGCCAAGCAAUUGGAUUUAACACCGGCACUUACAAAAAAAAAACAACUAAAGAGCGCAAGUCUUCAAAAAUGCCGGAAAGAGCUCAUGGAAUACAAAGAAGAAUUAGCUAAGAUGUCAUGCACUUGUCUUCUAGCCAUUCACCUAUCCUUCGCAAAAAAAUUGAAAUCCUACUUGCUACUGUUUCAAACCGAUCAGGACUGCAACCUGUGGUUCCAUAGGCUAAACGAGUGUAUUUUGAGAGUCCAGGAAGGAACAAGCUCCUCUAAUUUUCCCGCUCCCUGCAACCUAGAAGUUCCCGACGACUCUUCCGUUGUCAGCUCCUUUGGGGAGACAGUUACUUCGGGUCACAGCCAUAAAUCCAGCAUCACAAGCUUUAAAGGCUUACAGCUGUAUUUUAAAACCAACGAAAAAUUAAGAAGUCAAAGGAAACUUCUCUUCUCUGGCUUUAUAGUUAUAAGUAUUAUACAGGCAUCGCUCGCAGUUUCUUGGAAGAACACUUCUAUAGCAGUUGAGGCUGUUAGUCUGAGCAGCGGAGGGAUAAAUGAAGUAAGGCGGCUAUUCCAGACCCCCACGUCAACCUCCAGAAAACCCACGUGGGGUUGCACCAGCACGGUAGAGCUUUCAAACUGCCUGGCACUGCGGUUUGUAUGCCUAUCAGAGGUUCUGGACAAGCAAGAAGUUAUUGUCGGCAGCUCUCUUAUACUUACUGAGGAACUAUCUGGUAACGUUGAACAAAAUUUAAAUCUGAGCAUGCAAGCAUCAGGCACCCUUGAAGUUGUGUUACUUGUAGAGCAAGUUUAAACAUAAAUACGUUCAAACUUAAAUUUAUUUUAACUAAAUAUCUAAUUUUAA